AUGGCAAAUCACCCCGAAAAGGUCACGAGGUUCAACAGAAACAUCGACAAUAGCCUUUCGCCUUGUCUCCGACUUCUUCUUUUCCUCUUAGGCGUAUCAAUCAGCACUCUUUUCACGCUACUGGUCCCCAUCUCCCCGUUCUAUGGAACUGAACACGGGAACCACGGUCAAUCCGACACAAAUCUUGGACUCAUCACCAGUCUGCUGAAGGACAAGUUCCCUUGCGGCAGAGACGCUUCCACUGCAUCAUCAUGUGGGUGUAAGUUCGAGUCGUACACGGCGACAUGGCAACCUCCGCAAUGUUUCGACUCGGCUCUGGAUGCCGAGUUCCGCCAGACACGCCCAUGGAAGUUCUUCACAUCUCGGAAUUCGACCACCGAGCUAUCCUGGUCUGACGUGGAGAAGAUCCCUCAAGGACAGGCUUGGACGACAUGGGAGUUCCACCUUUACUCUUGCGCGUUUCUCUGGAAGAAAGAGGUCAAGAUCGCGCACGGUCUGGUUUCUGGAACCAUCGACUAUCACCAGUGCCUAGACCAUGCGUUGAUGCAAGACUAUGCAAGGCCCAAGGACCAUGUGAGCAUCCCCUACUGGCCACGCUUCACUUCUUGUCGACCACCCAGCGAUAUUUCCGUUCAUCAGUUCGAUUUGAAGCCUGGAGUGGAUAAGGGGCUUGGCAGCGACGGACAGCUAGCUGAAGUGCAUGGGCAUUCUCACCUUCAUGGAGCGAACAAGGAAUAUGAUCACAAGCCAAGGGAAUAA